AUGAGCCAAUCACAGCAGUUCCCCCCUUCACUGCGUCAGACGCAGGUGGGCUCCUCUUCGUACAUGUCUGGUUCUGGUUCCGGCUCUCAGUCUCAGCAAGACGAACUGCACAUGCCGGGCUUGAGCCAGACCGGUGCUCCAAUCUCCAUGUCGCCGCAAGACUACGAAUUCGCGCCCCAGAUCAAGCUCCAGGAGUCGCCUGCCAACCCCCAGUACCAGUCCGCUCCCGUUUCCGCGUCCUCGGUGCCCAACGUCCUCCAACCCGCCGGUGGCCUGUCCGCUCGCGGUGCCCCAGCCUCGCCCAACUUGGCUUCGCCGAUGCAGCAGGCCUCUCCUGCCUCAUCUGUCUCUCACCAGCCGCCGCCGCAACACCAGCAGCACUCUCACCACUCCCAGCAGUCACUGCAUCAUCAGUCUCAGCACGGCCAACAGCCCCACGACUACGCCAGCGCGUCUGCCGCCACUCCCAGCAAGCCCCCGCUGAGCAUGUCCCAUAGCUACUCUCGGUCGAGCCCAGCCGCUGCCUACGACGGCUCCUCGAACUACCACGCCUAUACUCCUACGACGCCUGGCGGCGCCUCUUCCUCUCACCUCAUGUCGCCGCUCGACCCCUCCAAGUACAAUGCUCCCGGUUCUCAGCGCACCAUCUCCAACACCCCGCUUGGUCUAGCCGACAUUCGUCCUCGAGCCGACUCGAGCAUGUCUGAUGGCGCUCCAGCUAACAUAGGAGGAUACGACCCAGCCGGCGCGCAACCUGGAACGAGCAAUUACCUGGCUCCUUGGGCUAUUUAUGCCUUUGACUGGUGCAAAUGGCCACCUCAGGGCAACGGUGCCGGCAAGCUGGCCGUGGGGAGCUAUCUUGAGGAUGGCCACAACUUUAUCCAAAUCCUCGAUAGUCACAUCAUUCAAACUCCCCAGGACGUCUACACGCCAGGCACAUCCAAGUAUAGCCUCGACUUCACCAAAGUGGCCGAAGCCACCCACUCUUACCCCGUGACUCGAUUGUUGUGGGAGCCGCCCUCUUCUCAGAAGCAGUCUACUGACCUGCUUGCGACUUCGGGCGACCACCUGCGUCUAUGGUCUCUGCCCAACGAGAAUCCUUCGACUCCUAGCAACACGAUUGGCCGACGUGACAAUGCUGUUACCAAGUUGACGCCGCUUGCUCUGCUAUCCAACUCAAAGACUCCAGACCACACCGCACCACUCACGUCACUCGACUGGAACACCGUCUCCCCAAGUCUCAUUAUUACGUCUAGCAUAGAUACGACAUGUACUAUCUGGGAUAUUCCCUCGCUCACCGCAAAGACUCAACUCAUUGCCCACGAUAAGGAGGUCUACGAUGUGCGGUUCUGCGCUAAGAGCGUAGACGUAUUUGUUAGCUGUGGUCAGGAUGGAAGUGUUCGCAUGUUUGACUUGCGGAGCUUGGAGCACUCGACCAUUAUCUACGAGCCCACCGGCAAGGAGGAGAGAGACCCCAACGGCGGUCGAAUCAGCCCAACACUGGCCCAGCAGACAAUGGCGAACCCUCCACCUCUGCUACGACUGGCCACCUCACCACACGAUACUCAUCUCCUCGCCACGUUUGCUCAAGACUCCAACACGAUUCGCAUCUUGGACGUGAGACAGCCAGGCCAGGCCCUGCUCGAACUCCGCGGCCACGGUGGAGCUAUCAACUGCAUCGAAUGGUCGCCUCUACGGCGGGGUAUGCUUGCUUCUGGUGGUGACGAUUGCCAGGUUCUUCUUUGGGAUCUCCUCAACUCCAACAACCAUGGAUCUCAGCCUAUGAACGGCGCGCCUCAACAGGAUAACUCUAGAAGCCCUGUGGCCAGCUGGCAAUGCGAUUACGAGGUUGGAAAUCUCGGCUGGGUGCCUCAUCUGCCCAACUCGGAGUGCGGCGAGUGGCUUGGAGUGAGUGCUGGACGUGGCAUCUGGGGAACUCGAGUCAUGUGA